UGUUUGGCCCAGAAGCAGUCUAUCUUGUGGCUUUAGGGUGUCUCAUUCAACUUCCAUGUGGUGUUUGGUCUUAAUUUUAACCAAAACAAAUUGAAAGUUUAUCUCAAUGUACUUUGAACAGCUUCAAAAUCUUAGAUGUAACCUAAAACAUUCAAUGUAUAAUUGUAUAAGUAAAUCGGAGAUGUGAAAUACUACAUGGUGGUUAAGUGGUUAUUGAACAAAUCAUAGGGGCGUUCAAUGACAUACAUCAAGUUACAGGGAGGGGUGAGAAAUCAAGUCUGGGCCAAAUAAUAGGAGUAUAUUGAAAGUUAUCCUUCAAGAAGAUUUGAUACAUCUUAUUGUAUAUUUAUCUGCCGCAAUACGAGUUGUCAAUGUGUGUUUUACUCAACUGACUUGCAAUUUUGAGAGAGAUAGCAACCGUGCAAGCUCAGAAUGAGUUUGCUUUCAAGAAUAAGGCAACAUAUACCUAACGGGUUAUAUAGACGACCUUUUCAUUUGGCUUCAGUAGGGAUCAUUCCGAGCAAAUUAAAUUUGGUUUCAAGAAAUUUUGGUGAAGCUGCAAGGAAAGAGGAGGAGGACGUAGAGGAAGUCGAAAUUGACCAGAGAAGACUCCCAGCUGAUUUUGAUCCCGCAACAUUUGAUCCUACUGAGCAUCGAAGUCCUCCGUCAGAGAGAGUUUUCAAGCUUGUUGAUGAAAUGGCAUCUCUAACACUUGCUGAAGCUGCGGAAUUGGGCCCUAUCUUGAUGAGGAAAAUGGGAUUGAAGGAGAUGCCUACUGUGGGAUAUAUGAAACCAGGAGCUGCUAACUUAGCUGGAAUGGCAGCGAAGGCACCGGCUGCAGCAAAGGAGGAGAAGAAGCCAGAAAAGACCGUAUUUGAACUGAAAUUGGAGUCCUACGAAGCAGCCUCAAAAAUUAAAAUCAUCAAGGAGGUCCGAGGCUUUACUGAUUUAGGCUUGAAGGAAGCAAAAGAUUUGGUGGAAAAAACACCCUCAAUUAUAAAGAAAGGCGUUUCAAAGGAAGAGGGAGAAGAGAUAAUAGAGAAAUUGAAAGCUCUCGGUGCAAAAGUUGUCAUGGAAUGAAGGAUUGAAGAGACAAUUGCAGCUUUUGGUCUAUAAAUCCUAUUAGCCGUAUCAUGGGCUUCAAAGAGUAUAUGCUCUAGUAUAUAAACAAUCUAAACAAUAUGCAGUAUUUUACCCUCUCCAGUCUCUAUCACGUCUUUUGAUAGUAUAGAUGUUCUUUAUAAUCUCCCCCCUCCCUGAUUUCUUGAUACGCUUUACAACCUUCUAUCAGAAGAUCAAAACUCAAUUGAGUAUUGAGAAGGGAACCAUUGUGUUUUAAGGUAAAUUGUUCUUUAUUCUCCUUUACUUUGGAAUACAAUUUCAUGUUUGUGUCA